UCAUGAUUCACUCAUCUAGUCUUCUCCGCUCUUCACAGUUCACAGCAGGCUGUCGCCUCUUCUUCUCCAUUUCUCUUCUCUUCUUCUUUCCUUCUUCUUCUCUUCUGAAUCUCCGAUCCACGCACACGUCGCCCACUCGCCCAGUGCCACGCCCACGCCCACGACGCCCAGUGCGGCAGUGCCCACGUGAAAGGUUCUCUCGCAGCGCAUCUACGAUCCAGUGGACAACUAGCCGAUACUACGGAUCCAGUAAUAAAAUUGAGGGACACAGUUUAAGCAUUCAUGUAACCGAGCUUUUCAAGCCGGCUUGCGGAAUUAGAUAUGCAAAACCCGUAAGACCCGCCCUGCCCCGCACUCAUCUACAUAAAUUCGUUCUUUUCCAAGUUUCUUCAUGAGUCUGAAAACCCUCACUACCUCAAUUUCUUGAAUCCGACCAUCCCUUCUCAGCAUAUAAGCUUUGGUUGCAAGGAGAAUUCAUAGCGGUGCUAGAAUAAGCAGUUUUGGGAAAAUAUAUAAUGCUUUCUAACAUGGUCUUGUCUUGAUUUUGUUUGGUUUACGACAUUAUUAUCUGUUUGUGAUGGAUCAAUUUUACAAAGUUUCGUAGAAACUAACGCCAAUUAAUCCAUAAAUUAAGAACAAACCUGAACAAAUGGAAACCGCAUCAUCGGAGUAUUCAGCCGCCUCAACAGUGACCACAUUUGACCCCCCGGUGCCCUUGCUCCGCGGACCCAUUCUAGACGGCCCAUUGGACGACCAGUUGGCUGGGCCGUACUUGCUCGCGUUUCGGGACCCCCAAGCUUGGGCCUCUGCACUCAAAGCCUGCGAGUCCAAGCUCGUGGACCAGUGCGAGCAUGGUGCAAGAGUCGGAUGCGCCAUUGCUGCGUCCAACAAGUGCAAAAUCCCCUGGUGGCGUGCUAUGGUUGGCCCGAGGGCGAUGGAUCUGAGUGGGCGCGAGAAGUGCGAGGAGCGAGAAAUGGAGGGUUGUGUCUUGGCGGCAAAGGAGAAGUGUAUUGGGUUUGCAAGGGACAAGUGUGCGGCACCGUUUCGGGAUGCCCGGAUUGUGGCGAGGGAAGGGUGGGUGAGGACGAAGGAUCUUGGGAAGUUGAUCGCUUGGGCAUCGGUUGCCUAUAGGAGUACGUGGAUGAACCUGAUUGGAUUGGAUCAAUUGGGUUGGCAGGUUUUGGCGGCGACGAGUUAUAGGGCUAGUGAAUUGCUCGGCUUUGAUAGCAAUUUUGAAAAGGUUUUAAAAAGCAAAAAUUGAGAAAUGUGUUGUUCCCACAGAAGUUGUCCGUAGUACAAAUACAUGCACGGUUUUUCCACCAUCAAGAAUCAUUGUCAAGCGGGAAUAUUUAUGUUCUUUACCAUGAUUGCUAGCAACACUACUGCUUGGUCACUGUUGCUAGCAACACCCUUCAAUGAUGUCUGCAUUAUCAAUUUGUUGUCAUUGACAUGAUCUUCGUUGCUGCUAGCUUAUAAAUCACUUCAAUGGCUUACAAUUAUGUGUGGCUGGUUCUGUGCCGCUCCGCCGCGCUUGGUGCCAAGCGCCACCAUCUGCAUUUUUUAUUUUUAAAAAACUUUUUAUUUCCCUGUAUUUCUAACAUUUCCUUUGUAUUGUGGGUUUGUUUUUGGCUCCGGUUUUGGGUCUCUCUUGGGUUUCGGGUUUGUUGGUGUGUUUUUUUGGGAUGGUUGUUCAGGGUUUCUGGUGGGUUUUGGUGGGUUUUUGUUGGGUUGGGGUGCUUCGUGGUAGGUUUGGGAGUUUGUUUGGGGUUUCUAUUGUAUUUUGGGUGUUUGAUGGGGGUUCUACUGUAUUUUGGGUUUCUUGUAGGUGCGUAGGUUCUUGUGGGUUUUAUUGGGUUUUCUUUUGUGAGCUAUCUUGUUUGUUUCUGUGUUUAUUACCUGUGUACUUAGGGGCGCCUUAAGUUUUUUUUAAUAAAAUUUUCUUUCUUAUAAAAAAAAAGGAUUGAUCAAUCACACCUCCAGCUCCUUACAAAGACUUUCUUGUGUUUGUUACGCCACUCGAAGUAAAACACCAAAUGAUUAUUGUGC